GUCAUUCUGGUGUCAGGUCGAAUGACCCUGUGAAUGUUUGUACUUCUAUACGUUUGUGUUAACAUUAACGAAGGAUGGCGACUUACUGAGAGGGUUAAAGGAUUUCUGGCUUUCACGAAACGACGCCAUAAAAAGACUGGUUAAUGAAAAGGGAGAGCAUAGACCUAAUAUUCUUUGGAUGGCAUAAACUCUUAUGACCGGAAAGAAUGAGUCGUAGAUGGGCUCCAAAUACCUUGGUGAAAGAAAGCAGAGCAUUUCUACUGUGGCAGACACAUGCUCGCAAGUCAGCAGCAUCACCUCCCUUGUCUGGUACCUAUCACUGCAGGCUUCAUAUACAACAGCCUGUUUGCUACAAGUUUGGCUGUCUCCACCACCUGAGGAGCAGGGGUCGUAAAGGAUGGCUCUUUAAAGCUAACCAGGUUAGACAAAGGCUCGGACUCCACACCAGCACCCUGUACUUGAACACUUCAGCCUCACGUUGGUCUACUGGUCUGAGUCAACAGAUGUCACGGGUCAGGAGCACACUGGACACAGUUUCUAAAGCUGUGAGUGGGACACAUACAGAACUUCUCUCCAAAAUUGCCAGACUUAAACCUAAGGGUUUGAAUAAAGCAGAGAUCAGUGUUGAGUCAGCGCCAAAAGCUGAGGAGAGUGCAAUCACAUCAACUCCUGCUCCCACUAAUGCUGCUCCUCCUUCUACAUCUACUACAGUCCAACCUACAGUUAACUCAUCUUCUGCCAGUCCUCCUGUUCCUACUUCCGCUGCCGCAUUUGAUGCAAGUGCCACUACCUCCACUCAAUCUCACAAUUCUCCACAAGCGACUGGCAAUACCACAGUUGAGCAAACUGUGCAGGAACUUAAGGAGAAAAGACUCAGGCGUGUUGUUCCUGCUGUCAAAGCCAGCUUUGUAAAGAAGGAAGAGGAGCUUAAAUCUUCAUCAAGCGACACUGAGAACAAGAGCACAGCUUCCAAACAAACCAUAGCACUUUUCCAUCCCAGCACCUUUUCAGUCAGCUUUGAUGAGACUUACAACUACCUGGCCAAUCACGUCAACUCAUACUUUGGCAGCAGUACAAAGACUCAGGACAAGAAAGUGGACAAUGGGGACUAUUCCUCUGCUUCCUCUCAGGGCCAACAAACUAAUCACCUCAUGUCAGUGUCUGAUAAAAGUGACUCUGCUGCCCCAGUUACCCCUCCUUCCUCUAAGAAGGGUUUAGGACACUACCUGUCCUACUCAGCUCCCACUGUGCAAGCCUUUGUUGGGAGCUACAUUGCUCCCCUGGUCCCCAAGUUCAGGACAGGAGAGUCCAAGACUGCUACAGUGGAGGAGAAGAAGCUUGACGAUGAAGCAGUAAAACAGGUUGAGGCCAAAAUUAAUAAGGAGCAGAAGGCUGCAGAGGAGAAAGCUAAGAAACUUCUACUCCAAAGGGAAAAGAUCAUUGCCAGGGUGAGUGUGGACAAUCGGACUCGAGCUCUGGUCCAGGCUUUACACAGGGCAUCAGAUGUAAGGGUCUAUAUCAACAGGGUGGAGGACCUCAGCUACCAUCUCCUGGAGUUUCCAGAGACUCGUGGUGUUGCUGUCAAGGAGAGGGUUAUCCCUUGCCUCCUGCGUCUGAAGCAGGCCAAUGACCCAGGCCUGAGAGCAGCAGUUAGAGAAGCCCUCGCUCUGGUGGGAUACCAUAAACCUGUUAAAGGCCGUGGCAUACGGAUCCUUUCCAUAGAUGGAGGCGGUUUAAGGGGACUUCUCGCACUUCAGACUCUACAAAAGCUGGAAGCUCUGACUGGGAAACCCACUUACCAACUGUUUGAUUAUAUUUGUGGUGUCAGCACAGGUGCUAUCCUAGGGUUCAUGUUAGGUGUCUUCCAAAUCCCACUGAACGAGUGUGAUGAUAUUUACCGGAAGUUGGGCUCAGAUGUUUUCAAGCAGAACGUCAUUGUUGGCACUGUGAAGAUGGGCUGGAGCCAUGCUUUCUAUGAUAGCGAAGCCUGGGAGAACAUCCUCAAAGAGAAAAUGGGUUCUCAUCUCCUGGUGGAGACUUCAAGAAACCCUGAAUGCCCCAAGGUGGCAGCGGUGAGCACCAUUGUGAACCGGGGCACUGCUCUGAAGGCAUAUGUGUUCAGAAACUACAACCUGCUGCCCGGGGUGCGCUCACACUACCUGGGGGGCUGCCAGCACCAACUCUGGCAGGCCAUCCGAGCCACAUCAGCAGCCCCUGGGUAUUUCCAAGAGUUCACCUUGGGGAAUGAUCUCCACCAGGAUGGAGGUCUGCUGAUUAACAACCCCACAGCCCUGGCUAUCCAUGAGUGUAAGUGUUUGUGGCCUAACACGCCCUUGGAGUGUGUGGUCUCCCUUGGCACAGGCCGAUUUGAAAACCCGGGCAAGAGCAGCACCACCUACACGAGCCUCAAAACCAAACUCACCAAUGUCAUCAGCAGCGCCACAGACACUGAGGAGGUUCACGCUAUGCUCGCCGCCUUCCUCCCUCCCGACACUUAUUUCCGCUUCAACCCCUACAUGAGUGAAGAUAUCUCCAUGGAUGAAAACCGACAUGAAAAGCUCAACCUGCUGCAGGCUGAGGGCAUCCGCUACCUGGAGAGGAACGAGGAGAAGCUGAGGAAGGUCACUGGCAUUCUCACCCGAGAGAAAAGCUCCGUCCAGAGGAUGGCAGAGUGGGCCCGGCUGAGGGCAGACAUGUAUAAUGGUCUGUCCUUUCACUCCUCUAAGCUGUAGAUCCCACACAAGCCACCUUUACCUCACAUUCAAACUCCUCAUUUAUUCAAAAUUUCCCAGAAUAUGUCAUGUUAACAUGAUUAGUAUGUCAUAGGUGUUGACUUCUUGACCUGUAGCUUUGAAGAACCUUGUGUAAAUCCACAAGUAGGUAAUUUCCAACAAUUUUCCAUCAUGCCAAACACUACCUUCGUCCUCACUCACACUUCAGACUUUGACAGUAAUUUUAGUGUUAAUGUGUUACAGUUUUGGCAGCAAACAAGCAUCUGUUUGCCACUGUGGCUGGCAGCUCUCGACUUAGCACUGUUGCUUUCAAAGAAGAUGUGUCAAAUGAUGUGUGGAUUUGGGAACUCCCUGUAGAGGGAUACACUGUCAGCCUCGCAAGCAAAUGCAGCUUGCAUGAUUAAAGGAAUAGCUUGACAUUUAGGGCCAAUGCACUUAUUCACUUCUUUGUCACGAGUUGGAAGCUGCUGCUAGCGGCCUAUUAGCUUAGCUUAGCACAAAGUAUGGAAGCCGGGGGAAACAGCUUGCUGGUUCUGUCCAAAUAACAAUAUCUUCCUAGCAAGCUGUUUCCCCGUUUCCUGUCAUGCUAAGCUAACCUAACCAGCUGCCAGCUCCAGUAUACAGAAAUGAGACCAGUGUCAAUCUAAUCUGUCAUCUAACUUGCAGCAAGAAAGCAGCAUAUUUAAGAAACAAGCAUAUUUUCUUAAAUGCAGAACUACUCCUUUAAAAAGGCGAAUACUGUUAAGUUAUACAGUAACCAGUGACUGUUUUUCCCAAGUGAGCACUUUUUAACCAUUCGCUGUCCUUAGAAAGAUUUGUUAUGACAACCAAUAUAUCCUCAUAAACCUGUGUUUGUACUUUCACAGAAAAAUAUGUAGAUGGGAUAUACGUGUUAUAGAAAAAAUGUAAAUAUUUGUUCAACUGAGCUGCCAAUAUGUAACAUUAUAAAAAGAAAAGAUGAGAAAAAAAAUCCUAUUUUUAAAAAAAAAUAGUCUAAUCAAGGUCAAUCUGACAUUUCUGUUGCAAUGACUAAAAUUUGCACAUAUAAGAAUGCAGUGACUGGUCAGCUAUGUAAUUGUGUAUUGAUAAUAGUAACAUCGGUGCAUGAGGGCCCACUUCGAGCAUUACUGUGUUACAUACAGUAUGUUGUUUGUAAAUGCAUGUUAUAUUUUGAUUUUACACACGAAGACAAGUCAGUAUCUUGUACAAAAUCGCAAUAAAAAAAAAGUAAGCAAGUUGCAUAUUUAAUUCUAAUACAUCUAGAAAAAGUG